AGCGGUAAACUUGGUUUAAGUAUACUGGUCAAACCUGGUCGCACUAUCUGCAAAUUACUAUUGGUACCGACCAACUGGAUGUCGUCACCACCUGGCACCGCCAGCCUGCCAGCCAAACCUCGGUGGUCGCAUUUGUCAAUUGUCUGAAGUACUCCAUAGUACCAUGGGCUGUUACCAGUCGUCCGCAGUGCCAACCCUCGCAACCAUACUAGGCCACAAGCCACACGCAACGCUGCAACCAUCCAUGAGCACGACGUCAGACGUACCCAGACUCCGCCAGUCGACUUCGUUCCAGCGCAUGCCACUGGCGCGAGUAAAGUACCCGUGCCAAACCAGCACGUGGAUCAGAGGCAACCCCGUCGCCGUCGAGUGGUCCGUACUCGAUCCGUCCGCGGUGUACGUCAAGAUCGAGCUGUGCCACGUCGACUCGACCGCCACCACACUCGUCACAGCCUCGGCUCCCAACACAGGGUGCUUCGUCUACUCCAAAGUGCCAUGGGGACUGAUCGGCGACGGCUUCUACAUCCGCAUCGUCGAGCUCGUCCCAGAAGCAUCGGCGUCACAACAAGCAACGGCGCCUCGAGAAACGCUGAGUGAUGUGUUCCGUGUCGGCAACUCCAGGUGGCCAGACACUGCGAGCGAAGGAUCGCUCACGCCCGUGAGUGUCCGCGGGUCGUCGAUUCGGUCGCCGUCCCCCAUGUCGUCGAGAUGGCACACCGAGCACCAGCCGUCAUUUCGACCGGCGGCAAGCUGCUACUGACGCCAGUCAGAAAUACCAUCCAAGUUAGGUAGAAGAUAAUUGUUAUUUAUGUCCGCGCGUGCCCUAGAAGGUGAACAACAUCGAAUGGUUGUGAUCCUUGCAAUAACUACAUAGUAUUGUAACGGUUAGGGUUUCAUUUGGUAUUAGUACAGUCACAGUAUCCC